UUAUUAGUUUCCUAGGGGAAAGAACUAAAAAGAAGUCAAAAUGUGGGUUAACAUGAACUAUUAUGAACUGUCAACUGAAGAGGUCACUCAUAUUCUCCAUACCCAUGGAAGAUACACAGUUGAUCUUUGUAAGGGCACUAGUGACUGCUCCACCCCUUUUCCUAGCACAUAAAUACUACAGAUUGUCUUCAGGGAUUCACACCUGAACUCAGAAGAACUCAGGUCCUCACCUAUCAAGAAAAGAGAGAUUUCUUGAAGUAAAAGAGCAAUGGACCUGAUUCCAAACUUUUCCACAGAAACAUGGGCACUUCUGGCUACCAUCCUGGUGCUCCUCUACCUCUAUGGGACCUCUUCUCAUGGACUUUUUAAGAAGCUGGGGAUUCCUGGCCCCAAACCUCUGCCUUUUGUUGGGACGAUGCUUAACUAUAAGAGGGGCAUAUCAAAAUACGAUAUAGAAUGCCAUAAAAAGUAUGGAGAUAUGUGGGGGGUAUAUGAUGGACUCCUUCCUGUGCUAGUCAUCACAGAACCAGACAUGAUCAAGAAAGUGCUAGUGAAAGAAUUUUUUUCUGUCUUCACAAAUCGACUUUUUCUUGGUCCAGUUGGAUUUCUGAAAAAAGGUAUGGUAAGAUCUGAGAAUGAAGAAUGGAAAAGAAUUCGAUCAUUGCUGACACCAACCUUUAGCACUGGAAAACUAAAGAAGAUGUUCCCCAUCAUCCAAGAGUAUGGAGAUUCGAUGGUGAAAAACAUGAGUCGGGAAGUAGAGAAGGGCAAGAAUGUUACCAUGAAAGACAUCUUUGGGGCCUACAGCAUGGAUGUGACCACUGGUACCUUAUUUGGAGUGAGAGUGGAUUCCCUCAACAACCCCCAGGAUCCCUUUGUGAAAAACAUCAGAAAGCUUUUUGUAUUGGAUUUUUCAAAUCCAUUAUUUUUCCUUGAAGCCCUCUUUCCAAUCCUUUCAAGAAUAUAUAAGAAACUAAACAUCUGCAUGUUUCCAAGUGAUGCUAUAUCAUUUUUUAAGAAAUUUAUAGAAGAGACCAAAAAAGAUCGGCUUGAAAAUACUCAAGAGCACCAAGUGGAUUUUCUUCAGCUGAUGAUGAACUCCCAGAAUUCCAAAGACCUGGAGUCCCAUAAACCUCUUUCUGAUCUGGAGAUACUUGCCCAGUCAAUCACAUUUAUUUUUGCUGGCUAUGAGACAACAAGCACUGCUCUUUCCUUUAUUAUGUAUUUACUGGCGAUUCACCCCAAUGUUCAGAAGAAACUGCAGCAUGAGAUUGAUGCAGUCCUGCCCAAUAAGGAACCUACCACUUAUGAAGCCCUGGUAGAGAUGGAAUAUCUGGACAUGGUGGUAAAUGAAACUAUGAGAUUAUAUCCAGUUGUUACCAGAGUUAACAGACUCAGUAAGAAAGAUGCUGAAAUCAAUGGUGUGUUCAUUCCAAAAGGGACACAGGUGAUCAUACCUAUCUUUGUUCUUUACCGGGAUCCAAAAUACUGGUCAGAGCCUGAGGAGUUCCGUCCUGAAAGGUUCAGCAAGGAGAAUAAAGAUAGACUCAAUCCUUAUACAUACCUGCCUUUUGGACAUGGUCCUAGAAACUGCAUUGGCAUGAGGUUUGCUCUCAUUAACAUGAAGCUUGCAACUGUCAAAAUCCUGCAGAACUUUUCCCUGAGUCCUUGUGAAGAAACAGAGAUUCCCUUGAAAUUAGGUAAGAAACUGACUCAUACUCCAGAAAAGCCUAUUGUCCUGAAGAUUAUCUCAAGAAAUGAGGCCAUAAAUGAAGGUUGAUUUUAUCUCAAGUUCUGAUAUGUUCUUCAAAGAGUUCAAUCUAAAUACCUGGAUUUUAUUUUAAUCCUAAAGGAAACCUACAUCACUAUGGCUUUAAUCUAACACACUUUGUGACAUAGUCUUCAAAUAUUUUUCAUUGUCUCUAUAUGUGUAUGGAAGGAAAAUGAUUAUUUAGUAAUAUUUAUGUUCUCUCAUAUCAGUUUUGCCCAUCUUCCAAAACAUAGAACAGUAUGUCUCAUUUCAACAUGGAUAAAAGAAUUCUCAUUAAUUUUGUCAAUAUUGUUUCCAUUAUAUAAUCUUUAAUUUUCCAUUUAUGGAUGAGCAUUCCACUGACAAUUAUUCUUUGUACUUUGAUGGAUUGUCAGUUUCUUUAUUAACCACUAUUUACUUCAAAAAGAAAUUUCUUUGUUUAGAUAUGAGGGCUAUAUUAACAUAUUGGUAAAAUAUGCAAAUUCAGCAAAUUCAGAUGGCAGUUGGAUAUUAAGACCAUUUAUCAGAAAAAUAGGCCCAUUCUUUGGUUGUGAGCUUCUCAACCAUGGGUCCUCGGCUAGAGAACUAAGCAUGUGUUUCCUCCCACAGAACAGAGUUAAAUCCAAACAGAAAGUGGUUGGCUCCCCCCAUAAUAUCAGUGCCAUUAUCCCAUGUAUACACCCCUAUCUUGCCAUGAUGGUCAUUUUAGGAGUUCAUGGGAUUCACUGCUGAGUAAGAAAGACUGUUGAUUUCUUCCUCCCUAAAGAAUCCUCCCAACCACCUUCCAGUACUAUAAAGGGUUGUAAUCAAGGAGAAAGUUUCCUGGUCAGUACAAUGUUGACACUACCUAUAACCAAUGUGUUUAGUGUCUUCUGCUAUAGGAUCUUACCCUCAUGUUCUGCUUAGUAACAAAGAGCAAUGACAGUCUCCUUGCAGUUUUCAGUGUUCCUCAGAACAACUCUGAGGAACAAUCUCUCUCUAGAUACCAUAAAUCUGGUAAUGAGCUAUUUAUUAGACACACUUGGCUUCUGAAAGGACUAUAAUCCUCAAUGUAGGGCAUGUUUUCAUACCUACAUGUAAAGAUGAUGAAAAUGUAGCUUUCCAUCCUGGUUUGUUUCAAUUGCCUUCAAACUGUAUCCAGUCCUCAAAGAGAUACAAACCGAAAGUAAAACAAGAGAGGAAGAGAGAUGACUGAUCCUUGAACUAGAAUAGUCAGGCAAAAAUCAUCACUAUCCUCUGCCAGGGGUCAGGGGACACUCCCAAACUCUAUGCAUUCCACAAGUUCCUGUUCAAUGGGUGUGGGCUGUGGGAAUCUCCUUUUUUCUCAUAGCCCAUUGGCUACCACGCUGCAGGGACAAAGGGAACAGAAUCCCUGAGCAGGACUUUACCUUGCUAGAGUAUGAUGGAAAGAACCUCUGAGAGUCAGCUCAGUUGCAUUCCUGAGAGUAUGGGGGAAUGCUUAGAAUGGAGACAGAAGCUGGGGUAUGUAGAUGAAUGUUCUUUUUAAAUAAGAAAAACAGAGCCAAUGCAGAGAUGAAAGCCCAAGAGGUCAGAGCUAAGAACCUUAUACCCUUCACUGCUGCUGUUGUCCUCUUCAGCAAGAGACCUACUUCCUGUCUGUUUGUCUUUCUAAUAGACUUUCUAUUCUGCCUUCUCAUUGCUUGGAAACUCAACCGCAUGACCUCCUCGUUACUGCCUGUCUGUACACACCUCCAGGUCUUAUAUGGUUGGCAUUGAGAUUAAAGGUGUGUGUCUCCAUGUUGGCUGUAUCAUUGAACACACAGAGAUCUGCUUAGCGCUGCCUCUGAAGAGCUGGGAUUAAAGGCUUGCACCACCACUGCCCAGCUUCUGCUAAGGCUUGCUAUUAGCUCUGACCCCCAGGCAACUUUUUUUAUUAACAUACAAAUAAAAUCACAUUUCAGUACAAUUAAAAUAUCACCAUAGGGGUAUCACCUCAUAGGUGCUCAUAGUAUGCUUUGUUUGCAUUUGACUGGGUCAGCACCCUGGUAAAGAAGGAGGAGAAAGGAAGGAAAGAAGAAAGAAAGAAUAAAGGAAAUCAAGAGGGAAGAAGGAAGGAAGAAGUAGAAAAAACAAAUAAUUUAGUUCUUAGGAGUGAUCCUACCUCAGGUAUACUAUAGCAACAUAAAACAAAAAAAAAAGCAACAAGAAGAUCUAAGUGGUACAAUUUUCACAGCCAUAAAUUUCCAUUUACCUACUUUUGUAGAAAUAAUUUGUUCUCAUGGUAGUAUAAGAAUGUUGCACCCAGCCCAGUGUGUAUUAAUUACUUUCCUACUGUUGUCACAAAACACAGUGUUCAGACAAUUUAUAGAGGAUGUAUUUACCUGGAUUUAUGAUUUCAGGGAGCUGGUGUCAUAAUGGUAGAGCAAUAUAAUUGUUUGGACCUCCAUAUGGCUCUCUGAAAUGUCUUCCUAGUUGCUACAAGGAUAAGCCAUUAAAUCCUGGUCAUAGCAUUCAACCUAUAUUCUAGUUUAAAUCCCCAAAGUCAUUCACAUUCCUCUUAAACAACAUGGGCAGGCCUGUCACAGCAAUAGCCCACUCCCAGGUAGUACCUUCCUUCUUAGUUACUUUUUUGCUGAGUUAAAACACCAUGACCAAGAGAAUAUCUAAAACAAAGCAUUUAAUUGGGCUUAAAGCUUCAGAGUGUUAAUGUUUGUGAUUGGGAAACAAAGGCAUGCAGACAGGACAGCUGAGAGCUCAUAUCUGGAUACAUAAGCAGGAGACUGUGAGGACACUGAAAAUGACUAAAACUUUGAAACCUUUUUUUUCCAUUAAGUUUUCAGACAGGGUUUCUCUGUAGUUUUGGAGCCUGUAGACCGGUCUGGUCUCAAAAUCACAGAGAUCUUCCUGUCUCUGUCUCCCAAGUGCUGAGAUUAAAGGUGUGUGCCACCACUGCCCGGCAAACUUUUGAAACCUUAAAGCCUACUCCCAGUGACACAACUCCUUCAACAGGGCUGAACUUAUAAUCCUUCUUAAAGAGUUCAACCAAAUGGAGAAUAAAUAUCCAAACAUUUGAGCCUGUAGGAGCCAUUUUUAUUCAAAUCAUUAAUCCAUGCAACUCCAGAAUUCCAUAGAUCUUGUAUACACUUACCCAACUGUUCUGUCUCUUCAAUGCACAAUAGUAAACAGCACAGUGAAAUCCUAAUUAGGACAGCUUCACUGGGUUCUACAGCCCAGGAAUAUGCCUUGUGCUUGAUCAAAAUAGAGCACUGUGUACUUGAAAUAAGAAAUUGUGUAAAUUGAUUUGGUAAGAACUCAAGGAAAAUCCUUGGGUUUGUGAUACCACAAUGACAUGUCUCCAUAUAUUGCCCUUACCAAUGGCUGAAUAAUUAUGUAUAUUCUUUUAUUGUAUGGGUAGUGAAUUCACUAUUUUCAUACUCUCAUCAAGGAAGUACUUAAUUUAGGUGAUAAUUAAAGAUAACAUCUUGUGAACUGAGAAGAUUUAUGAGACUAAAACUAGUGGUCCUCUUUUUCUCUGCUCCUUGAGACUGACUCAGUUCAUAAACUGUGUGAACUUGAAAAAAUAUUUUAUUAUUGCCAGUGAUUCCUAAGUUGUUUUCUUGUUUGUUACGGUAUAUACAAUUCAUCUCUUUCUUUUUAAAAUUUUAUUAUAUUUAAAAAUUAUAUUUGUCUUCCCAUGUGGUCUCCAUCUCAUGUCACUGUAUAGAGAUGGAGGUAAGAGUACAACUUUCAUGAGUCAUUUCUUGUCUCUAUAUUGGCUGCAACAGGUAAUUUCAGCUGGUCAGGCUGGAUGUCAGGUCCUUUUACCCACUGAAAUAUCUUUGCAGCUCUAUAGCUUUAUUUCUGAGUAAAAUAAUUAAGAAAAGUCUCAUUUAUAAGUGUCAAACUAAGAGACCUGAUGGGAUUUUCCUUAUUAAAAAUGAAUUACUUCUAGAAAGGUGAGGUACACAGAUAUUAAAACACUAAAAUGAUGCAUUAGGACAAGGCUUUGGGUUUACCAAGAAUUGUUUUAUAUUUUCAAAGUCUUUUCUGAUUCAAGAAAUUUCCUUUUUAAUGCUUUCAUAUUCCUUUGCUUUGUAAAUUGGAUUUGAAUACAUUUUUCUAAGUACUCCUUCUGAAAUGACUUCAAGAUAAUGACUGCAAAGAUAAUCUUUUUCUUCUUUAAUCUUGUGAUAAUUCUAAACAGACAAGUGGAUAAUUUGUAUUUUGAAAACUAAAACAACUUUAAGACAUUGAAGAAAGGUAUUGACAAUUAUACCAGAAGAUGGAAUGCUC